AUGUUGGCAUUAAUAACGAAGAAAGACACGGCGAUAACCCGUGAAAGAAUAACUGAAAAGACUGUAGACAAAGAGAAUCAAAAUAAGAUUGACUUUUUAAAUAAAGCGUCUUCUUCGAAGAGAACGAGUUUAGAUAACAUUUAUUCACAAACUACAAAACCAGUAAAAAUACGAAGAAAUACGUCAGAAAGUCUUGAUAAUGAUGAAAAUGCCGUAAAGAUUGAAAGGAUAAAAAGGGUAAUGGAAGACGAAAAAGAAAUGGCGAAUGUACGAAAAAGUCAUGAAAACAGAAUGAUCAUGAUGAAAGAAAAUUUUCAAAAGGAAUUAUACGCUUUAGAUAUACGAGCAGCUACUGCAAAGGCCGAACUAGCCGAAUUACAACUACAAAAAGAACAAGAAAAAUAUAUGCGUCUAUAAUAUAGAAUACGGACUAAAA